AUGAAUUCUGGAGCACCGCAUCAGGGCUUGACGCCGCCCUCUCAGCCGCGCAGCGACGACGAGGCGACGCUUGCCGGGAGCAAGGGAGGUUCUCAACCCGAGAAGAUGGAGGCCGCUCAAAAGCAGGCGCCGGCGCCAGCGGAAUCAUCGGAGCAGUCUACACCUGAGCCAACCGUGGUUGAGAAGCCUCCAGUAGAUGGGCCGCCACCGCUGCCAUACAACCUGCGAGAGCACAAGUUGACCAUUUCCAUCUUUUGGUUUCUCAUCCUCACCGAAUGCACGCUCAUUCCGCUUAUCUUCUACUAUACGAUCGCCAACUUGACCGAUAUGCGAAGAGGGGCCAUGUUUGCAAUCAUUACUGCUAUGUUCGGUUUCAUUUCCGGAGGUGAAUACGGGUUGCGUGGCUUGCGAUUGUGUCUGAAACGAGACGAAUACCGACCGCUAAAUAGUCCCGGUCGAUGGGGCUUCGACAGUACUCACCUUGUUCUGGGGCCGCCGUACUUCGUUAUGACAGCGCUUAUGAUCGGCUUCAGUAUUCCAGAACCGCCCAUCACGCGAGGCCUAUCCAUGAUCAUGGCGGUUGGCAUCAUUAUGGUAGGCGUGUUCAUGGUCUGGACAGGUAUCGCUUACCAUUUCCAAUGGCGCCUGAGAUGGUUCAGGUUAAGCUCCCACGUCAAGGGUGCCAUCGUCCCACCGCUCACUUUCUGUAUCAUGGAAGACAUUUGCGGCUGCGACGGCGGAGGAGGGAAGGUUUAUCGGACCGCAGCCAUGGCCAGAUACAAUGCGUCUCCACGCUUCCGGAGAAUGCUUGUUCAGAUGCUCUGGUGGUGGGCUAUCACAGCCAUCCUCCUUGGAGCAGCUCAGAUUGCGAUCAUUUGGAUUCCUCAGAUCAGCCAGGAGGUGGUGUAUGGCAUCGGUUGGUCUGUGACGUCGGUUUGGGGAGGCAUUGGCGCUUGGCUCACCAUCUGGUGGGGAAAGAAAUGCAUCAGAAUAGAGAAAGAAAAAUGGGCCGAAGACCAGGCAGCACAACUCCAGCGUGGAUAG